AUGAACAAAUAUAGUGUCACGUAUGGAUUGGUUCCACCGCAAAGCGAUGAUACUCCUGAGAGUCAUAUUUUACCUGUCACUAAAUUUCUUAAACCUCGAGAUGAUGGCCGAACUUUCUUAACAUGUGGUCGAGACGGGACUGUGAUUAAACAUAGUGAAAAGGCAAAGUUCGAGGGGCAACGAAUGCAGGUGAAUAGCGACUGGGUGACAGAUAUGAUUCAAGUCGGAAAUAAUCGAUACGUGGUUGUGAGUCAGGAUCUCUCCGUGACACUUUUGACUUUACAUGAUAAUGACGGAACGCCAUCAUGGGAUACUAAAAUUAUCGGGUAUCAUCGGGACUACGUGAAAUGUGCUGGUUUGUUGGAACUCUCGAGUGACGGUUUCGCAAAAUUUGCCACUUGUGGCCUCGAUAUGAAAAUCAACGUUUGGUCCUUGGAUGCCAGUGGGGAGGCUGCCAAAAUCCAGGUCUUUGAUAAUCGGGGCCCCAAUGAGACUGGGUCUUUGUAUGCAAUGGCUACGAUCAUAGACUCCAAAUUCGAUUUCGAUAUUAUUGGUGGAGACAACAACGGCAAUUUGAUAUUCAUUGCAAGCGCAACAGGUGCCAAAAUAGCAGAAGUGAAACGUGCCCAUGACUCCAAUAUCAAGCUCGUCAAGUUGUUCGAUUCGGAGACAAAAGUUUUAACCACCAGCUCUGAUGGAAUUGUUAAACUUUGGGAUCUCAAUUCACAAAGGGGGCCCGCCACUCACAUUUAUACUUGGAAGUGGCCGACGUCGGUGUGGUGCAUAGAGGGACACUCGUCGCGCGACUUUUUCCUGGGAGAUUCUCGAGGGAAUAUUACCAAUCUUAAAUUCCAGAGCGAUAAAUGGGAUCAACCCAGUUUGACAACCGUUUAUCAUUCAGAAGACAACAGUUACGCUGGGAUACUAGCUAUGCUGGUAAAUGACGAUGGAGAUUUGUGGUUUUCUCGAAUGUGCAAUUCAGAUUUAGUUCACAUGAAUUUGACCGCUCGCACAACCGAAACCAUCUCUGGGGGAUCAGCUCUUUUGAAGUGCUGCUUGCUCACAAAUAGAAGAAACGUCAUUACUCAAAAUACAAAAGGUCAAAUUCAGAGAUGGGACAUUGUAUCGUGUACUUUAGUCAAUACGUUUGACUCCUCAAGCGGCGAUUUCGAUGAACUCGUCCACCAAUAUAACACCAAAGAGAUCUUACCGCAUUGGUGUUCAGUCUCUAUCAAGACUGGAAAACUGUUUGUCAAAUUGUCAGAAAAGUUUCUGAGUACUGAGGUAUAUGGCAGCGCUCUCGAAUUGUACGAAUUUGCUAAUAAAGUUGAGCUUGGCUCGGAAGAGAGAUAUAAUUUGGGCCGUAUUGUAGUAAAUUCGAUUUUAAAGGAUUUUAUUGCAUAUGAGCUCACUAAGGAUAAAAUUUACCGGAAAGAACUAGUCUCCAAGAAACAGUCUGCUCCAAGCACCCCGCUGCAAGUACCAUCAGACCCGGAUAACCGUCCCCAAUUGAAAGAAAAACGACGUCUUUCUUUGUUCACUAAAUUCACGUCCAACUCCCAAAAUGCAAGCUCACAACAGAUGACCCCCAGCUCUUUACCUAGUACACCUUUACUUGCGGAACAAGCCAUGGCUAACACAGAGGAAUAUCUUAUGCUACCGCCGCCUGCGUCUGCUCCCACAGUCGCGGAUUCGCAGCCGCGUGACCGGAAGGACACUGCAGUUCAACCGCUUGGGAUAGAGGGCCGAUCUGCUAGUUCUGGUUCGCUCUUGAAUCGGAAACUCAAAAUGCUUGCAUCGACGCCACAUCCCACACAUGAGCUUUCUAGCACACGUGAGACCCCAGGAGCCGGACUCGAGCUGAAUGGGUCUUCCGAACCAAGCUCAUCAGACACUCCGGAGGAAAACGUGGAAUCGGCGGCAUUGAAAACUUCCAAAAAUGGUGUAGCAGGAAGUACAACGACAGAAACCAGCGAGUCACAAGCAAAAGCAGGUCUUGGAGAAACGACGUCCGAUUUCAUGUUUAAAUUGAGAGAAGAAUAUGCCAAAGUUAAUCAACCGUCUUCGUCAUCGUUCAAGCUUUUGGGAAAAAGACCCCCUGAAUCCAAAAUCGUUAGAAACAGCGAUUUGCCCAUUAUCGAAAUCAGCUCAGGAGUUCUUUUGUCAGUGAACUGUUGGAAAGAGGGUUCGAGUGCGGAGACGGUAUGUUUCUCGACUUAUCUAGCUGCUCCACACCCUGGUAAAGACGUGGACUCGCCGGACGAGCACCAAACCCAAGUGUUUGAAAGUCUCGAACAAAAUCUACCCUUUUGGAUGGCCGAAGCCCUGUUCAAUGAAGAUCAAAGAGCGAAGGAAUAUCCUAAAUUGAGCUUCAUUAUAAGACCCUGGAACGACCCCGCGAAAAACCAUCACGAAAAAUCAGAGCAUUCAACUACCUUACUUCACAACCCCUUGUCGCUACAUCGUUCCAAGGCAACAGAACCACCUCCAUUACCGCAUAUCCCCGAUGCAAACACAACUCUGAGUGCUCCAAGUGUCGUCAAGAUCAAGAAAGUCUUGCAGUACAUCAUCGAUCGGUUCGAAUCGAAAACGCCAGAAAUGAAGACAAAAAUGAAAGCGGCAGACUGGUUAGAAAUCUUAUGCAAGGGCCAAGUCGUCGACCCAGAAGCUACACUGAACACUGUAAGAACUCUUAACUGGAAAUCUCAAGCUGACAUUAUUUUGGAAUACAGGCGGAAGAAUAUUAAGGAACAUUAA